UUCAUGUCUGCAUUUUCUCUGCCAAUAUAAUCGUGGCUUUUCCAGCUGCCGUUGUGCCUUCUGCGAAGCUCUUGUGCUUGGUUUUGGCUCAUAAUUUGGUUGAUGGUCCUGAUUGCAAUCGUGUUCUUCUCGAUUGUCGAUUCACUGACUGAUAACGGCGUUGGAUGAUGACAAACUCAUCCUUCUUGUUUCUCAUGAGACGCUUUCUGAUAAAAAGAAUUCCCUUCAGAUUUCUGACCAAUAGAUGCACAAUGCCUGGAUCUGAUAGUCUCAAUGUAGUUCGCGUCGAUUCUUGAUCUGCCCUCGUAGUUUUUUGCUCGUCUACCGAGUUCUCCUUUUUCGCUGUCCUUUUGGUCUUUCUUCCGAUCAAAGGCUUUAAAUUUGUAUGGCUGAAUGCUGAAACUUAUCUUUACUCCUACACUGCAAAAGGAUAGCUGAUAGGUCAUUGCUUCAGGUGGGAUGUCGAUAUUGGCAAAAAUUAAGCGGCAUAAUGAAUUGGCCUUCUUUAGCUAAUGCUUAGUGUCUUUUCGAAGCAAGCUUGCUUCUACCAGGUGGUACAUAUCAGAUUAGACUGGGCAGGGCAUGGUUUCUGCUCUUCGGUUCCAGUCUGGAUUCACUAGUUGUAUAUGUGAGACAUUGGAACCUCCUACCCCACCUAUCUUUAAACAAUUUCAACAACAUUUGGGCCAGGUCUGCUCUGAAUGCUUCUUUAGUGGCCUCCUUAACUUCACGUUUAAUUUCCAUCUCCUAACUCGUGUUCCUCCUGGCAUCAAGGACUAACUCGCCCCAGUGCAUUAAAUUCUUGGCCUGUUUGUGCACGACGCACCACCACUCUCUUGGUUCUUGCUUGCGUUUUGUGGAUUUGAAGGCUCUGAAACAAUGGUGGUUUUCGUUAUUAGCUUGGGACUUAAAUUGGACUAGGACAAGAAUUCUACUGAACAGUGCAUCUGAUGUCACUGCGCUCACAGAAUCAGUGAAUUCUGCUAAUUGGCUUCUGCAAAGCUUAUAGGAUAUUUGAUUGAUGAUGGAUCGGCGAAGUUGGCCUUGGAAGAAAAAAUCAUCUGAUAAGACAGUGAUUACAGCUGACUCAUCCACUUCCACUUUGUCAAAUUCUGGUGGAAAUCAAGCAGACCAGGAUGUUAACAGCACUGUCAAAUAUGUACAAAUUUCUGCAGAAUCAUAUGCCCACCUGACUGAAUUGGAAGACCAAGUGAAGAUCUUGCAAGAAAAAUUAUCUGCAGCACAAACUGAGAUGACAACCAAGGAUAAUCUAGUCAAGCAACAUGCUAAGGUUGCUGAAGAAGCAGUCUCAGGUUGGGAAAAAGCUGAAGCUGAAUCAUCUGCACUGAAACAUCAACUUGAAUCUGUCACAUUGUUAAAGCUUACAGCUGAAGAACGGGCAUCUCAUCUUGAUGGUGCCCUGAAGGAGUGCAUGAAGCAGAUAAGAAAUGUGAAAGAAGAAAGUGAGCAAAAAUUACACGAUGUAGUCUUCGCCAAAACUAAGCAAUGGCAAAAGCUCAAAGCAGAGCUAGAGGCAAAACUAGAUUAUUUUGAGCAGGAACUGCUUAGAGCUUCUGCUGAAAAUUCAGCUCUUUCAAGAUCUCUUCAAGAACGUUCAGAUAUUCUGAUGAAAAUUACUGAUGAGAAGAUGCAAGCUGAUUGUGAGAUCGAAGUGCUAAAUAACAAUAUUCUGUCAUGUGAAAAAGAAAUUAAUUCAAUGCAAUAUGAGCUACAUGUUAUUUCUAAGGAGCUUGAAAUUCGGAGUGAAGAGAAAAAUAUGAGCAUAAAAUCUGCUGAUGCAGCGAACAGACAGCAUUUGGAGGAUGUAAAGAAAAUGUCAAAACUAGAAGCUGAAUGCCAAAGAUUGCGUGGUCUUGUUAGGAAAAAGCUGCCUGGGCCUGCUGCAUUAGCACAAAUGAAACUAGAAGUUGAAAAUUUAGGCCGUGAUCAUGGGGAGACUAGAUUACGACGAUCACCUGCCAAGAAUCCUAGCCCUCCUUACAUUUCAACACCUGCUGCUGAUUUUGCCUCUGAAAGCAUCCACACUAUGCACAAGGAGAAUGAGUUUCUUACAGCACGUUUAUUAACAAUUGAGGAAGAAACAAAGAUGUUAAAAGAGGCUUUGUCAAAACGUAACAGUGAGUUACAGGCUUCGAGAAACAUGUAUGCUAAAACUGCAAGCAAGCUUCGAAGCGUUGAAGCACAGAUGCUGACCCUGAACCAACAGAAGAUAUCAUCAAAUCCAACUUUUGACAUCUCAUCUGAUACCAAUUUAAGCCAAAACGAAAGCAACCCACCAAGCUUGACAUCCAUGUCUGAAGAUGGAAUUGACGAGGCAGAGAGUUAUUCUGAAUCAUGGUCUGCAGCAUUAAUGUUGGAACUCUCGCAAUUCAGAAAAGAAAAGGACACCGUGAAGCACAAGAAUACAGACAAUUCAAAAAAUUUGGAACUUAUGGAUGAUUUUCUGGAGAUGGAGAGGUUAGCUUGUAUGUCAACAGAGUCCAAUGGAACAAUUACCAUUCCUGGAGGUGUGCUUGAUAAGAUGAAAACUGAAAAUGCUGGUGGCAUGUUACUAGCUGAUAUUCUGGAUGGUACUAGUAAAGGACAGCAGUUUACGUCAGAGAAGGCAGAAACUCUGCCUUGUGCCAAUAAAAAACAUUCUGAAGGAGAACUUGCGAUGAGUAAACUCAGUUCUCUGUUGAGAAAACUUCAGACAAGAAUAGUUUCUACUUUUAAGUUGCUGGAUCAGGAAGUUGAUAUUGGUAGAGUUUUGGAGGAUAUAAGACGCAUCCUGCAGGAAACACAAGAAGAGUUGCCUCAGAAUUCUGUAAGCUGCAUCAUUAAAGAAAAUUAUUCUGUAGAUGCUCCUUGUCAACAAAAAGCUUGUGAUGAUGACACGGACAAAGCUACUAAUAUUGGCUUUUCUUUUAAGCACGACAAAGUUUCAUAUGCUGAUGAUAAGCAUGAAUUAGGUCUACAGUUGAGGAAUGCGAUAUCUGAGGUUCAAGAUUUUGUUAUUUCUCUAGGUAAGGAAUCCUUAGGACCACAAGAUAGGCAAUCUGAUGUUCAAGGACUAAAUGAGAAAAUCCAGCAGUUCUCUUCUUAUGUUGAAGAUGUACUGUAUAAUGGGAAAAGCUUGAAUGAUUUUAUACCUAUUUUAUCCCAUAUAUUGUCUGAAGCCGGUAAGAUGGGCUUUAAGAUGACCUUUAAUAUGGGCAAAGAAUGGGAUAACAAUAUCUCAGAUUGCAUAGACAAGGUAACAUUACUUGAAAACAGAGUGGCUCAUCAGGAUCCAAGAAAUGAGACAUUUUCUGGAAGGUCUAUGGCUUUAUCUCAGUCUUCCUCUCAUCCAGACAUUGAAGGGCCUACCAGCGACAGCUUUGAACAGAGGAACACAAUGCAUAAAUUAUCUGUGAAGGAUUUUGAAGAGAUGAGGUUGGAGAAAGAAAACAUGCAAUUAGAAUUGUCUACUUGCAGCAAAUUGUUGGAAGAAACAAAACUUCAGCUAGUUGAAACUGAACAAAAUUUGGCAGAUCUUAGAUCCCAGUUGGCUGCUAGCCAAAAAUCAAACAGCUUGUCUGAAACACAAUUGAAGUGUAUGGCUGAGUCCUAUAAGUUACUGGAAUCACGAGCACAGCAAUUAGAUGCUGAAAUAAACCUGCUGCGUACAGAAGUACAAACAUUGAAAAAUGAGCUUCUGGAAGAAAGGCAAAUUCAUCAGGAUGAUUUGACCAAAUUAAGAGAUCUUCAAGAGCAGUUCGAGAGGAAUGAAAAGUCCAAAAUGUGCUCAGACGCUGACAUUGAUACCGAGGCAAAACAGGAGAAAGAGAUAGCAGCAGCUGCAGAGAAGCUUGCAGAGUGUCAGGAGACCAUACUUCUGCUUGGCAGGCAAUUGCAAGCCUUUCGUCCAUCAGCAGAACAAUCAGAUACCUUUCGAAAUAGUAGACAUCUCAUGAACUUCAGCUAUUUGGAAGAUGUGCUAGACGCUAGUGAUUUUAGUGCCCAAAACAUGCAUAAGGCAAGGCAUUCAGUGUCUGAAACAGAAAGUGCAGCUGCUUUUAUCACACCAAGAGCUGGUGCCGAAUCCCCCUUGGAUGGAUACAACUCUCAGUUUAGCCCAUCUGAUGCCGAAGCAAGUUCUUUUCCCAAAUCACCUAUCAACUCAAAGCACCAGAAGCAUAGGCCUUCCAGGUCAUCCUCUUCUACUUUUCCUAAUGCUUUGACUGAGAAGCAUGGACGUGGUUUCAGCAGGUUUUUCUCAAAAGGGAGAAAUUGAUCAUUAGUUAAAGUUUUUAAGAUAACUUUUCUCUUGAAGGAUAUCCUGAAAUUUAGCGAUGGAAAAAUGAGUGCAUAGUUAUCUUCAGACUUCAGAGCCGAGCAGUUGCAGUUUUGAGCCUUAAGUGGGUUGUGCUUGUUUGCGAUGGUAAUUACUAAUUUCUUGCAAUCAAUGCAUGCGCCUUGAAGCUUUUUUUUGCCUUGCAACUUGUUUAGCAAUAUCCAUGUUCUCGAUGAAGAUCAACAGUUAUCAUGGCAGUUGUGGGUUUUCCAUACACAAAUUUCUGUACAUUGUCAUCGCAAAGUCAAUGAAUUCCUUUCAAGCAACAUAAGCAUUGUAACACAGCUGUGAUUUUUGAACCUGUUUGAUGUACAGUGGACUGGCAUAAAAUCUGGUUCCUUAAAAUGAAUGUUUGGUUUAUGAAGUCAA